AUGUCCAUCCUCACCACCAUCGCCCGCUCUGCUGUCCGCGCACCCCGCCCUGUCGCCCGCGUCCCAGCCGCGUCGCUCUCUCUCGUCGCCCGCGGUGUGCACACCCUUCCCCAGCUUGACUAUCCGUAUAAUGCUCUCGAGCCGCACAUCUCGGGUCAGAUCAUGGAACUCCACCACAAGAAGCACCAUCAGACCUACGUCAACGGUCUGAACGCCGCCGAGGAGGCCUAUGCCAAGACCGACUCCCCCAAGGAGCGCAUCAAGCUCCAGUCCGCCCUUAAAUUCAACGGCGGCGGCCAUAUCAACCACUCUCUCUUCUGGAAGAACCUCGCCCCUGCGGGCCAUGGCGGUGGCGAGCUCUCUGCCGGGCCCCUCAAGGAGAAGAUCGAAGCUGACUUCGGGAGCGUCGAUGCGUUCAAGAAAAAGUUGAACACCGUCACCGCCGCCGUUCAGGGUUCCGGCUGGGGCUGGCUCGGCUACAACCCUGAGACCAAGAAGCUCGAGAUCGUGACCACCCCCAACCAGGACCCUCUCCUCUCCCACGUCCCCAUCAUCGGCAUCGACAUUUGGGAGCACGCCUUCUACCUCCAGUACCAAAACGUCAAGGCCGAUUACUUGACUGCGAUCUGGAACGUCAUCAACUUCAAAGAGGCCGAGCGCCGUUUCCUUGAAGCGAGCAAGUAAGUUCGCGCGUGCGUAUACGACACCCCGGAGUCGGAGAAAAUCUUUGCUGAGGGAGAUGGCGGACUUGGCUGUACAGUACGA